AUGCCAUUCUCAGCAAUAGCAACAGUGAAUGCUCCCAACAACCAGAGCAACUGCCAUGACGAAACGCUGACGGUAGUAGAGCAACUACAGGCCAACUGUUUUAGUUGGAGGUACUGGCCCUUUCGUCAUGAAAUGACCGACCGAAUUUCUCCUCAAGGUGGUGCGGACAACCGAGCCCUUUCGUUGACAAGCAGAAAGCGGGAACAAGGUCCUGUUAGACCAUGGCGAGCCAUGCUGUAUGUCGCAUCUAAUAUACAUCUUGCUAGGCUCUUUCAGUUGCGCGCUGGCGGAGCAGCAGCAGGAGCUGGGAUGAGGAAACGCCUGAUUCGUGACUUCCGCAAGUUGCAGAGCGACCCCCCCUUUGGCGUCAGCGGCGCCCCCGUGCAAAAUGAUAUAAUGCGUUGGCAUGCCGUCAUCUUUGGCCCUGAGGAUACGCCGUGGGAGGGCGGUCAGCUCUGA